CUCUCGAGUGCGACCCGGAGUGGUUGUUUCUGCGUUUGUAUUGACGACAGGAAGGUCACCCCGGCGGCGAUGCAGGAGGCCCGCCGCUUGUUGGAGAACCCCCGCGAGUUGCACGGUCUCCGGAACGAAGCUCUGGACCACCCCCGAGGCUACCGGGGCACCAGAUCGGCGGAGGACCUCGACCGCCACCAGCUCCGCAACCUGGUGGGCGCCGCCACCCUACCCGACAACGGCCUGGUCAAAAUCCUCGGGUUCUUCCUCGGCGACCUGCGGGCGCUAGAGAGCGCGUGUGCCGAGGCGGAGCUGCAGGGGCUGGUGGAGUUGAGCAAAUUCGUCGGCGACCGGGGUGUCGAUGCGCCGGUAGUUCACGACAUCCCGGCUUUCGCGGGCGACCCGGCUGCCUGGACAGCUCCGAUCCCCUUGGAAGCAGGGGAUGUGCACCCAGUAACAGAGGCGCGCGUUCUUACCACAAUGAACCCAUCACCACCACCAAACCACCGGGAAGGUGUCCCAAGCGGCCAGCAACGUCUCGUCCUUGGAGGGUGGGCCGGCCGGGCACGAAAAACGACCGGGGGCAUCCUGCGUGGAGGUGGAGGGGGAUCGGAACGAGUCCUCGGUGUCCGCGAUCCCCCACUGCGCUGCGCUGUCACAGCUACGCCUCCAAUUCCGUCAAGCAGCCGUAGCGGUCGAGCGCUCGUCCGGGCUCGGUCUUUCCUUCAUCGAGCAUGCACCAACGGGGGAACGGUCACCGACACGCGCGUCGGCGAGAUGAUGUUGGAUUUUCUAGGCGAAGAGAUCGAGAUUCACGCCGCGGCCAACGGCGGGCCUACGGUGAACGGCAUCCGGCGGUGUGACGAGCUGGAGGAGGCGCGCGACCAGGGUCUUCUCCAAAUCCGCGAGGUGGCGGGGCGCGUGGGGCGGGAGGUUCGGGGUAAACACGUCCGGACCCGAGACGACUGCGCCGCUGGAGGUAACGCAAGCUGGACCGGCCGCUCGAAGGGGGUCAACGAGGAGGAGCCCGAGGCAGCCAAGCGGGAAGCUGAGGCGGCCCAUGCUCGGGCGCAGGAGGAGGAGAAAGCCAAAACGGCGCAAGCCUUGAGAGCAGCGACCAACCGCGUGGAGAUGGCCAAGACCGUCAAGAAGCGCCGGGGCACGGGCGGUAAGAUUGCCGCCGGCGUUGCAUUCGUUCGAACCGGGAUCCUAUUCGUUGUGCAUAUGCUGUUGCUGCUGUUCUUGGUCGUUGAUGUUGAUGAUGUUGAUGAUGAUGAUGCUUAG